UGAAUUUCAGCCCACCUACGUUGUGCUCAGACUGGCUUAGAAAAAUGCUGUGGGACGCGUUCGCCAUGCCAGACUCGGCCGCCUCGCUCUUGGCCAUCGCCGGCACGGUGCUUCUGACACUGGCCACCCUAUUCACUAUCUGGCUAUUCAUCCGCCGUCGCGCAUGGGCACGGGUGCGUGCUGGCAGAGCGCAGGGUCGGGAUCAGCCCUGCCCCACCAUGGUCGUUCUCGGCUCGGGCGGCCACACGAUGGAAAUGAUGGACCUCCUGCGUUCACUGGAUCCCAAGCGAUACACUCCUCGUGUCUACGUCCUGGCGCAAACGGACACGACCAGUCAGGCGAAAGCGCUCGGAUUCGAGCAGCAAUUGGCUCGCGUUGGCUCCGUCAAGCAUCACCACGACGACUCAGUCGCGAACAAGGAUGUGUCGAUCAGUGCACGCACUCGCAGCCACAAGCAACGCCAGGGCGGGAAGGCGGCUGGGUCGGAAGCGAUCGAGUCGAGAUUGUCCAACAACGCAAGAAGUGCUCAACAGCCGUCGUCGCUCGCUCCAGCUGCUGCGCGAUGGACUGCUCAGCCCAGGCAGUUCUGGAUUGAAACGAUUCCUCGAAGCCGGGAGGUGGCUCAAUCUUGGCUGACUUCGCUGUUUACGACAGCGCAUGCGCUGCUGUUUGCGUUGCCAAUGGUAUUCCGUGUUCGCCCAGAGCUGGUGUUGUGCAACGGUCCAGGAACCUGCGUCCCUGUCUGCAUUGCAGCCAAGCUACUUUAUAUCCUGGGUGUGUGCGAUACUCGAGUGGUCUAUAUCGAAAGCAUCUGUCGCGUCGAAACCCUGUCAAUUGCUGCUCGGCUGCUGAAAAUGCUGCACAUUCCCGAUCGCGUCGUUGUCAUGUGGCCGCAAUUGAACGAAAAAGUGUCGGGUUGCGAGUACCACGGGCGGCUGCUAUAGCACCCAGCAAAUGGCGUCACGCGUGGAGGACAUUGCUGUGAUGGUGUGUAUUUAGAAUAUUGUCGAAAAACAAAACACAAAAGAAAU